GCCGCGCUUCAUUGUUAAGACAGCUAAUCCAGGUAGUCCGCGCGCAUGCCUAGUCACGACCCAACUAGUGGGGGCUUCUUUCCUUCCUGCCGGCCUUCUCUCUUUCCGGUCUUGCGGAAGCGCUCUUUUCUCCGCCCCACCCCGCCCCCCUUCGGAGAAUUUGGAGGGGGCGGAGCUUCUGGCAAGCGCGUUCCCGGGAGUGCCGCCCGCCUCCCGUCCUCCACCCUCCCGGAAGUGGGCCCGCCCUCGCGCCCACCAGCGGCCACCCCCUGCGGCAGGCCCCGCCCACACAGGCCCCGCCCCCAGGCUCUCCGCCCCCUCCUCGGGUAGUGGCGCCGGGUUGCAGUCCCGGUCGUGGCGGUUCUGGUGCCCGAAGCUGGGAGCGCGGGGUCGUUCCCGAGAGAGGCGGCCGGGCUAUGAGCGCUGGUUCCCGGCGUCCCGCUCCGGCCAGCCAGAGUCUCUGUCUCAGCCCGUGCCCGUGCCCGAGCAGUCUCCUCAGCCCGGCCCUGCGGCGCGGUUCGCGGCGGCGCCCCCGGCGCGCCCCCUCCUCCGAUGGCGGCGGAGAUCCAACCCAAGCCUCUGACCCGCAAGCCGAUCCUGCUGCAGCGGGUCGAGGGGUCCCAGGAGGUGGUGAAUAUGGCCGUGAUCGUGCCCAAGGAGGAGGGCGUCAUCAGCGUCUCGGAGGACAGGACAGUUCGUGUUUGGUUAAAGAGGGACAGCGGACAGUAUUGGCCAAGCAUAUAUCAUGCCAUGCCUUCUCCAUGUUCAUGCAUGUCUUUUAACCCGGAAACAAGAAGACUGUCCAUAGGUCUAGACAAUGGUACAAUCUCAGAGUUUAUAUUGUCAGAAGAUUAUAACAAGAUGACUCCUGUGAAAAACUAUCAUGCACAUCAGAGCAGAGUGACGAUGAUCCUGUUUGUCUUGGAGCUGGAGUGGGUGCUGAGCACAGGACAGGACAAGCAAUUUGCCUGGCACUGCUCUGAGAGUGGGCAGCGCCUGGGCGGUUAUCGCACCAGUGCCGUGGCCUCGGGCCUGCAAUUCGAUGUUGAAACCCGGCAUGUGUUCAUUGGUGACCACUCAGGCCAAGUAACAAUCCUCAAACUGGAACAAGAAAACUGUACCCUGGUCACAACAUUCAGAGGACACACAGGUGGGGUGACUGCUCUCUGUUGGGACCCAGUCCAGCGGGUGCUGUUCUCAGGCAGUUCAGAUCACUCUGUCAUCAUGUGGGACAUCGGUGGGAGAAAAGGAACAGCCAUCGAGCUCCAAGGACACAAUGACAGAGUCCAGGCCCUCUCCUAUGCACAGCACACGCGGCAGCUCAUCUCCUGUGGUGGUGAUGGUGGGAUUGUUGUCUGGAACAUGGACGUGGAACGGCAGGAGACCCCUGAAUGGCUGGACAGUGACUCCUGCCAAAAGUGUGAUCAGCCUUUCUUCUGGAACUUCAAGCAAAUGUGGGACACUAAGAAAAUUGGCCUAAGACAGCACCAUUGCCGCAAGUGCGGGAAGGCAGUCUGCGGCAAGUGCAGCUCCAAGCGCUCCUCCAUCCCCCUCAUGGGCUUCGAGUUUGAAGUGAGGGUCUGUGACAGCUGCCACGAGGCCAUCACAGAUGAAGAACGGGCGCCCACGGCUACCUUCCAUGACAGUAAACACAACAUUGUACAUGUGCAUUUUGAUGCAACCAGAGGAUGGUUACUGACUUCUGGAACUGACAAGGUUAUCAAGUUGUGGGACAUGACCCCUGUGGUGUCUUGAUGACUCUCGUGAAUCAGAAAGAUAGCAUUUACUGAAGAAAUGGUUGUUCUAAUCCACAUCAUUACUGGAGAGGUGAAGCAGGUGUGUGAGAAGUGAGAGCCGAAAGGCCCCGGAUGGAUAUGCAGAUGGCCUGUGUGUAGAGUGGCAACCUAGUGAGCGAACACUGGCAAGGGGGCUCUUCUCACCUGUGCAUACAAUAUCAAAAAAGAUUAUUUUUUUAACAAAUGGUU